AUGGAGCAACAAGGGUCACCGGCUUCCCAAUUCUUCCAGUCUCCAGCCGAGUCUCUCAUAUCAGCUCCUGAAGACGCCUACACAUCACUCUUCGCCGCCACCACCCCUAGCGCAGCUUCUACAGUCAACCCCAUGGAUAUGUUGACACCAAAGUCCUACAACGAUGACUCUCUAUUACCAAUGAUCAAGCAGGAGGAGGGCGUUGUAUCAACACCAUCCCCUUCUCCAGCCCCUGAGAAGAAGACCACCAAGAAGAGGAAGUCAUGGGGUCAAGUCCUUCCCGAGCCCAAGACAAACCUCCCUCCUAGAAAGCGAGCAAAGACCGCUGAUGAAAAGGAGCAGCGCCGAGUUGAGCGCGUUCUACGGAACCGCCGCGCAGCCCAGUCCUCUCGUGAACGCAAGAGGCAGGAGGUGGAGCAGCUCGAGAAGAGGAACAAGGACCUCGAGGCUGCCAUCCAACAGGCUGAGCAGAUGAACGCCAGGCUCAUGGAUGAGCUUGCACAGAUGAGAAAGGCCAAUGGUCUUCCCCCUCUGUCCCAGGAGCUCUUCAGCCCCCAAACAACACAUCAGCCAGCGGAGACCAUGGUAUCUCCCAACGCCACUGUAGACCCAAUGGCACUAUCCCCCUGCCUAUCACCCGUUCCCGAAGAAUCUGAAGAGACCCUUCAACAGGAGCCGGCCAAGGAGACAACCCUGGAACAGUCUGAAAACACCUCUCCCGACCUGACACAACGUGUCGAAGAUGUCCCAGUCCCAGUUACCCACAACCUUGACUCUGCCAACAUUGGCCUGGCUCCUGCCACUUCAGAUGACACUCUUUUCAGCUAUGGCGCUUCUGAAUUUCUGUCAACGUCCCUUGACACAGAUCGUUAUCUCAUCGAAAACGGGCAUCUCUCUUCGCCCUUCUCCUCAGCUUCUGACGAGCCUUAUCUGGAGUUUGACACGUCCCCGUUCUCCCUCGACAACAGCUUCAACGACGAGUUGUACAACACCUUCAUCAACGACACGGACAACGGUAUCACGGCGGAGCUCCAGAAGCCAACCGACGACGCCGCUGCGAUCCUCAGCGACGAGUUCCGCAUCUACGAACUUGAGAAUCAAGUCUCUUCGGAAAAUCCUAUCCAGCAGCCCCUCCCUGGCGCGUCCUCUAUUGGAUGCGACGUUGGUGGCAUUGCGGUUGGUGUCUGA